AUGCGAUCCCUAUUCAACGGCUUCUGCUUCUUCAACUGCUGGCUGCCAAUAAUCUCGAGCACACCAAAGCAGCCAAUCCCUGGCUCCGAGCCGGACAUCGCUGGAAAGACCUUCGAUUACAUCGUUGUAGGAGGUGGCCUUACCGGACUCACUGUCGCAAAUCGUCUGAGUGAGGGGAGCCGCCAAUCUGUUCUCGUCUUGGAGAAUGGCUACCUUGUUGACGAUGUGUCAACCCAAGUCCCGUCGUAUGCGAACAGUUUGAACAAAGCAUUAAUGUACAACAUCACGUCCGCUCCCAAUGUCAAUAUCGGUGGCCAGGCGAAACCCGUCUGGGUGGGGAACGUGGUAGGGGGUGGGUCAGUCGUGAAUGGCAUGGCGUUCGACCGUGCAUCUUCUGCUGACUAUGAUGCAUGGGAGCAGCUCGGGAACCGCGGCUGGGGCUGGAAUGGUCUGCUGCCUUAUUUCAAGAAGUCUACUACAUUCACACCACCAUCGACUGAGAAUGUGAAGGCAUGGGGGACAACGUACGACGCAUCCUACUACGGGACGAACGGGCCUAUCCAGGCUUCCUUUCCCCCUUUCGAUUAUCCUGAUAUCACCACGAUCUGGGCAGCGUACAAAUCAGAAGGCGUCCCUUUGCCAAAGGAGCAUGCUUCUGGAAAUGCUGUCGGCGCCUACUGGAUUCCCACAGCGCUUCAGCCAAAGACUGAGACCCGCUCAGAUGCCAGGAAUGGUUACUAUGACCCAGUCAAGAGCCGUAGCAAUCUCAUCCUCGCCACUGGCAAGACCGUAAACGAGGUGCUCUUUGAUCGAGGCCUACUCACUGGGUACACGGCGAAGGGUGUCCAGUACGUCUCACGCAAAGACAACUCUGUCGCACAGGUCUACGCCAGCAAAGAAGUCAUCUUGGCGGCCGGGGCUGUCUUCACACCACAACUCCUCCAGCUUAGUGGUUUUGGCCCAAAGGACGUUUUGAGCGCAGCAGGAGUACAGGUCAAACAAGAUAGGCCAGCAAUAGGCGCGAACAUGCAAGACCACCCCAACGCCAAUAUGCAAUUCGACCUUAAAAACUUGGCCACUCCGAACCCAUUUUCCGGCCAAGAUCCCGCCUUCAAUGCGUCCGCAUGGGCACAAUACUAUGCCAAUAGGACUGGCCCCAUCACUCAAGCUCAUGGCAGCAGCCUCGCCUUCCUGAGCUUGCAGACCGUUUCCGAAAAAUACGAGUCCAUCGUCGCAAAUAUCAAGAGCCAGAAUGCACGCACGUACCUCCCAGCAGUCUAUGCUGAUUCUAAGCUCCUUGCUGGCUUCAUCAAGCAACGCGACAUCAUCGCGGACCUACACUCCCGCACUGACGCAGCGGUCGCCGAGUUUCCUAUGGUAGCCUUUGGUCUUGCCAUUGGUGCCCUACAACGCCCUCUAUCACGCGGCACUGUCACUCUCAAUUCAUCUAAUAAGUAUGGUAUGCCUGUCGUGCAGUGGAACACUUUCCAAAACCCCAUUGAUCGGCAAAUAUUAGUUGAGAUGGUGCGCUGGCUUCGUCAGCACUGGGCGCGACCCGAGCUGAAUAAGUUCCAGCCGGUUGAAACAGUGCCCGGUACUGGAGAGACGGACGACGAGAUCAUCGAAGCACUCAUCCAAACCAAGGCGCUCGAGGCAAGCUUUGCGCACAUGUCUGGAAGCUGCUCAAUGAUGCCUGAGGCUUACGGCGGUGUUGUAGGCAGCGAUCUACUUAUGUAUGGAGUGAAGCGUCUAAGCAUCGUGGAUGGAAGCAUUAUCCCGCUGGUGCCGGCGACACACCUGCAAGCCACCAUGUAUGCGGUCGCCGAGAAAGCUGCAGACAUCAUCAAGGGGCGAAAUUCCAUUCCCACAAUACCUUCCAUCUUCAAUGCUUUCAACUUCUUUGCUUAGCAUGUAUGUCAUAGUAUCUGUC